GGCGCCUGACGCCCGGCCCGUCCCGCCGCCGAGGGACGAUGGCGCGGCCCCGCGGCGGGCGGUGGCUGCUGGGUGUCCUGCUGGCCCUGUGCCGCCUCGCCGCGCCGCUCGCCAAGAGCCUGGAGCCGGUGUCGUGGAGCUCCGCGAACCCCAAGUUCAUGACUGGGAAGGGGCUGGUCAUCUACCCAGAGAUUGGGGAUAAACUGGACAUUAUCUGCCCCAAGGCGGAGCCGUCCAAGCCUUACGAGUACUACAAGCUGUACCUGGUGAGGAAGGAGCAGGCAGAUGCCUGCAGCACUGUCAUGGACCCCAAUGUGCUGGUGACGUGCAACCGGCCCGAGCAGGAGAUCCGCUUCACCAUCAAGUUCCAGGAGUUCAGCCCCAACUACAUGGGCCUGGAGUUCAAGCGGCAGCAGGAUUACUUCAUCACAUCCACUUCCAACGGGACGCUGGAUGGCCUGGAGAACCGGGAAGGAGGGGUCUGCCAGACACGCUCCAUGAAGAUUGUCAUGAAAGUGGGGCAGGAUCCGAACGUGGUGAUCCCAGAGCAGCUGACGACGAGUCGGCCGAGCAAGGAGUCGGAUGACACGGUGAAGAUGGUCACGCAGAGCCCGCGCAGCAAGAUCCCGGCGGUGGAGGAGCCCGGCAAGCCGGGCUCUGUCAACCAGGAUGGCCAGGAGACCCAAGGUCCCAGUGACGGCUUCCUGAGCUCCAAGGUGGCCGUGUUCGCGGCCAUCGGCGCCGGCUGCGUCAUCUUCAUCCUCAUCAUCAUCUUCCUCGUCGUGCUCCUGAUCAAGAUCCGCAAGCGGCACCGGAAGCACACGCAGCAGCGAGCCGCAGCCUUGUCCCUCAGCACCUUGGCCAGCCCGAAAUGCAGCGGGAACGCGGGCUCGGAGCCCAGCGACAUCAUCAUCCCCUUACGGACUACAGAGAACAACUACUGCCCGCACUACGAGAAGACUGUGGCCGGCCGUGGGGGCGGGCGCCGUGCCUUUCCGUGCUCGGGACACCGCUGGCAAACCCGGGGACUCCACCUCCCCUUUUCGUUCUGGGAUUUUCCCUCCGUCCUUGCUGAAGUGCCCCUGUGCCGGGAGCCUGGAGCGACGCCGGGGCCGUGUCCGAGGAGCAGCAAGCAGCCGCGGGGGGAUGAGGAGGAGGAGGAGGAGGAAGCUUUGCCACGGUGCCAAGAUGCAGACAACUGUGCAGGGAGGAAGCUGGCAAACCCGAUUUACUACUACUACUAUUAUUAUUAUUAUAAUUAUUUUAAUUUUUUUGUAACAUUUUUAUUUUUGUGAAUUCCGGGCGGGACUCCGGCCCGCCGCCUUCGGGCACACGCCAUCGCCUCCUUCCAGCACGCCGUCCCCCCGGCCCCGGGGCACGUCCCGCUCCCGCCGCUGCCCCUGGAAACCUUUGUGUUCGUAGCUGUUGACUCUUGUUUUAGUCUCUUUAUAAAAAGAAAGAAAGAAAAAAAAAAUAUUCUAUCUACACCCUGUCUCAAGCAUUCAGUGCGUGAGGGGCCGGGGCUCCUCCUGCCCCGUGCGGAGCAGCUGUGGCCCGGCAGCUCUUCCCGACCCCUCCGGAGCAUCCCACUGUGGAGAAAAGCCUUUGGGUUUCCAUUGGGCUGGAGCUGAGCCUGCUGGAAGCAAAGUAGGGGGUGGAAGGGGGUAGCUGCAGAACCCCCAAGCCAGGCAUGCUGUGGGAGGUUGUCCUUGGAAAGGAAAACUGGAAAACAAAUGUUCCCGACCCACAGCUCAUGCCGGAGGUAUCAGGAGGAGGCUGGCGCUUGGGGCUGGAAGCCCCCCAGGAGGCUGGAGUACCAGGCUUGGCUUGGCUGGGAGCUGAGCCAAAGGCUUUUCCAUGCCCCUUGGUGAGACCUGCUUUGGGGACCAGCCUCUGCCAUGCCUGUCCCCCCACUCUGCUCCUGGCACGGGAGCAUCCUUGUCCUGCCACCUCCUCCAGGUCCCACAGCCUGUGCUCCCCCACCCUUGCCUUGCCCAUCUCCUGCCUAACACUGGACAGGGUUGAGCUUUUCUGGUGGGAUCAUUCCCUGCUUCCUCUUCCUGGGAGGACCUGCUGGCGCUGUGGCCGAUGCCAGUGGGCAUGGUGGAGCUGGCUGUGCCCUGUCACCCACCUGUUCUCUGGCUGUCCCCUCUUCCUCACUUUCUUUUCCUUCCAGCAGUAGCUGCUUUUGCUCAGGGAGCAGGAGUGGGGCCAGCAGGGCUGCUCUGCCUGGGCUGUUCCCGCCUGUCCCCAGGGCCCUGAAUCCCACAUUAGGAAGUGCCCAAAGAGCGAGGGAGCUGCUCUGCUAAAGUGCCUUGAUGAGGAGUGGGCAGGGGCGGGGGGGCAGAGCAGGGACGGGGGUCCCAAUGGCUUGGGGUGUCCGGUGACUUGGGGGUUCUGGUGGCUCGGGUGCUGCGCUGGGGUUUGGCCCCCAGUGGGAUGGGAGCAUCCCGGGGUGUCACGUUGUUGGGUUUGUGGUGUUCUAAGGCAGGAAUUCGGACUGGAGCAGAGCAGGGUGUCCCAGCUCUCCUCCUGCCCUCAGCAUCCUGAGGUGAUUUGGUUUCCAGGGCCCUGAACCAGCUGCUUCCCUAGGGAGGGAUGAGCCGCAGUGGGUGCUCCUCCCUGCCCUGCCCCUCUCCCUGUUCCCCCCGUCCCACCACUGCUUUUCCCCAUGUAGCACCUUCCGUCCCUCUCUUUUCCAUGGCAUCCGUGCCAGUGCUGCCCACCCUGGCCCGGGAACCAUCCCCACCAGGACACUCCAUUCAUUCCCUGUUGGGAAUGGGAUCUGUUCUUGGAAAUCCCAGAAAAUUGUGUCUUAAAAAAAUCCCCCUUUCCUUCUCCCGUCUGCCAGACCUUGGCCUGUGGUUCCCAAAGUGGCAGAGCCCUGGCUGGGCGGUGGCGGCGGUGACAGUGACAGUGGAAUCCCUUGGGAGCAGCGGCCGGAGUGGAGGGGCAGGAGAGGGACAAUGUAGUUUUGGUUUGGUUUUGCAGACGAUGGGACGGAAUCUGGCCACGGGUUGUACCAAAAGUGAUCUGACAGUGCUGGUGGCUUCCCACAGUGGCCAUCCCCAGCUGACGUCCCCAUCAGUCCAGCUCCUGCUGGGAACAGCUGGAAAACCUUGUAAAUAUGUGAAGAAAGGGUGAAAUCAGAACUCUUGGUUUUUGUCGAGCACCUCAGGCUGCUGGGUCCUGGAUCGGAGUGUGUCCCUCGGGUUCUUUUCAUGGAAAGUAUUGAAGUUUGGUUGAUUUUUUCUUUUUUCUUUUUUUUUUUCCUUAAUUUUUUUUUGUUCCCCCCCCCCGUUUUGUUUGUGUAAAUACUAGUCUUUUUUGGAAGAAAUAAUGUAAAGAUGUUUUGUAUAAACUCCGAAUUAUUUUCUGGUUGCUUUUUCUUAGAAAAACAAAAUGAGAACUUAAAAAAAAAAGAAAAAAAAGAAAAAAAAAGAAAUUUUAACCACGAGAACGGGUGUAAAACAUUGUCAUAGUGCUCAGCGCUGGAGCCCACGGGCUGUGCUGGUGUGGGGGCUGCCGGGGGGCGGCACUGGGGGGCUGUGCCCUCAAUAUAAUGCAGGAACAGAGGGGCUCCAAGCAGAGAGGGAGACUGGGAGUCUGGGAUUCUAUUCCAUUGAUUCCAGGUCAGACCUGGCUCAUUCCCAGUGAGUUUUUGGCUGCCCUGAUUCCGGGCAGAGCUUUGAGCCCUGACCUGGGCACGGGCAGAGACUCGAUGACAUGCGGUGACCUAAAGGAGCAUCAAAUUUAUCUCCUUAUUUAUCUUUAACCAAAAAAAACCCAACCUGGGGAUGCAGAACUCAGUGCAACAUCCUGAGAUCCUGCUCUGCUCUUCCAGGCCUGUGGAGCUGCUCCUGGUGCAGAUUCCUUUCCCAGCUAUCCCUAUUUUCCAUCUGCCAACUGCCAGCACACCGUAGCCUCGUCUCUGCUUGGUACCCGGUUGGGGUUGUUCCUCCUCAGCCAUACCCACCUUGGGUCCCUGCCCACAGGGAGGUGGCUGUGCCCACCAGAGCCACCUCUGGUGUCACCGGCAUGCCUGGCACUUCCCUGUGGGCAGCUGGAAGGCAGCUGGGAGCUCCCAGUCCUCCCAGUGGCUCACAGGAGCUGGACUGGGAAUCUGCAUUAUAUUGACAGAGGGGUCCUUGGAGGAUCUGGAGGCACUGGAGCAGGGAUGGACGUCCCUCCCUGCAUCCCAGCAGUGCCUCACACCAGCACAUCCACACCACGCUCCCACAUUUCAGAGCUGUGACCACGUCCACAUCCCACAGCGUCACAUCCGUCCCGUGUCCCGAGGGGGGACUGUCCCCACGAUCAACCAGCUGCGGGGCUGCUGCUGCCCAGCCCUUUACCACGGCCCCGCCGGAGCAUCCGGGCUGCCGGGUUCCCUUGUCCAUCCUCCGCUGCUGUUAGCCGAGAGGUGGAUGUGGACUUGGAGCCCGGAUGCGGCCGGUGCCUGUGUGGGGCACACGGGAUGGGGCUUUGGUCAUGCGGGAAUGGUUUGGGAUCCCAGGCAUGGAGGGAACGAGGCCCCUCUGUGCCAGCACCUCCUCAGGGAGCGGCUGCUCCCGGGCAGGGGCACAUCCCGGAUCAGGCCUCGGCAUCCCCGCGCUGGUUGAUCCUCCUGGGCUCCCGGUGGGGCUCUGGUGGUGCCGGGAUCCCCUCGGCCGCGCUCCCUGGCACCGCAGAUUUUCUUUCUUCGUGUCAUGUUCCUCGGUUUGAUUCCUUUCACCUUCUCCCAGCUCUCCCUCCCAGUAGCAUAUCAUCGGCAUCGGUAACCAGCUCUGUGGCAGCUGAACUCCAUGGAGCCGUGAUGGAACCUGAUAUAUUGUUAAAUAAAAGGGUUUUUUUCCUAUGGAA